UAGAAGGCAGCCCCGGCUUCCUCUAGCUGCCACACUCACGUUCCCAGAUCCCUCACGCCCUGCACUUGCCAGCUGAGCCUUGACUUCACGGGGACUCUGCCCGAUUCACUGGCUCACAGCUCGCCGGCAGUCAGCCUCCACUCCCUCUCCAUGGCAUUCCAGACAGCCUCCCUGCUGGCCGUCAGCCUGCUGAUCCUCUGGGUCUCCCCUGCUCUGGGAGGUGCCAACGACGCUGAAGACUGCUGCCUGUCUGUGACCCAGCGCCCCAUCCCUGUAUUCCUGGUGCGAGCCUACCGCUACCUGCUCCUCAAGGAUGGCUGCAGGCUGCCUGCCGUCGUGUUCACCACACAGAGAGGCCAUGAGCUCUGUGCACCCCCAGACCAGCCAUGGGUGGACCGCAUCAUCCGGAGACUGAAGAGGAACUCUGCCAGGGCAAGCCUGACCCUCCCCAGCCCUGCCUCCUCCCUCCAAUCCCCUGCCCAAGACCUCAGUCCGUGACCUUGCCUCUCCUUCCUCCCCCAGAGAAGUGUUCCAGUAGCUACCCCAUGACAGCCCAGAGAAAGCCCUGUGUUCGGGAGACAGAAUGUGAAUCACUGAAGCCCUGGGGAACCAAGGACCAGAAGGCAGGCCCCCUGCCCUCCUGCAUCAGACCCGACCUGGCUGCAGCAGGGCGGCAGUGUCAUUGUGAGUGUGAGUGUGAGUGUGAGCGAGGAUGUGUGUGGUGAAGAUUGCAAUGUUUCCAAUAAAGCCCAGCUGGUCCCCACGA